AAAAGUUUUAUUGAACUUCAAAAUAAAAAAAUUAAAAAAAAAAAAAUGAAAACCAUUGCCCGAGCAUGAACGACGCCGUUUCGAAGGACCGAAAACCACUUAUAAACCUUGACGUCGUGCAGCACCUUUCUUCCCUCUUCUGGUCUCAAAAUAUCGGCAGCGCCAUUUCCACUGGAAAGCCCACCAAAAAUGCAAGAGAAAAAGGCAGAAACGGGAAGCAAAAACGCAAAGAAGGCGAAUCUCUUAGAUCAUCACUCCAUCAAAAACAUCCUCGACGAAUCCGUCUCUGAGAUUGUUACGAGUCGUGGAUAUAUAGAAGAUGUGAGGAUGAGCAAUGUCAGAUUAUUGCUUGGAACGAUUAUAAUUGUAAUCGCUCUUUUUGCUCAAUUUUACAAAAAAAAGUUCCCUGAAAACCGUAAUUUCCUCAUCGGUUGCAUCGUGUUGUAUGUAGUUUUCAAUGGGUUACUGCAGCUAAUCAUCUACGCAAAGGAAAAGCAUGCAAUUCUAUUUACUUAUCCUCCCGCUGGAUCUGUCACGAGCACUGGUUUGGUGGUCUCUUCAAAGUUUCCCAGAUUCUCUGAUCUUUAUACACUUACUAUAGCGAGUGCAGAUCCCAAGUCAAUAUCUGCAGGUAAACCAGUAGAGUUUACCAAAAGUGUUACCCAAUGGUUCACUAAGGAUGGAAUAUUGGUGGAGGGUCUAUUCUGGAAAGAUGUUGAAGCACUAAUAAAUGAUUAUGCAGCAGAACCAAAGAAAAAGAAGUGAUCUAUAGAGAGUAAGGCUCACAUUGAUAGGCUUGCUGUUAGAAAGUGAAUUCUGGCAUGUUGUGACUUUGAUAUAGAUGUUCACUAAAAUUAUUGUUUGUGUUGAAAAUUUUGAGCUAAAAAGAAAUUCGACUUUGCCUGAAGAUUAGACUACAAUUUACAUUCAAAGACGAAUUCCUGUUAAUGAAAAAGAUUUGUCAUCUUUAGCUUUAUUGAAACUUAUAUCUAUCGCUUUGUUUUAUUAAA